AUGCUACCACUGCUCCUGGUUCAGUCGAUGCUCAAGAGACGCUCACAGAUUGAGGAGUCGGAUGAGGACAUGAGCCGUGGCGAUGAGGAUGAGCGACAGUAG